AUGGAGCCCCAUCUAUCUGGAACAACUGCAGAGGAUUACGUCAGCAAGCUGUUGUUUCACCUCUACAAUCUCGACAGUUACAGUCGCCACAAAUCCAUAGACAAAUCCUUGCAUGUAUUAGAUAUUUGUCACAGGGUUUUGCUUUUAGCUUCCGAUGCCAGUCUUCGACAUAAAAAAAAUUGGCCAAGUCGGGUUCUUGAGAAGACAAUUCCAUCUGCAACAGAGCUUCACGAUGCAGGAAUCCAAAUUCAAAGAAGCAGAAGUACAAGUCUCCAGGACAUAAGAUUUUACAAAGAUGUUUUCUGCGCCACCCUCAAGGUUCCUGUAAUUGUUGUGGAUAAUAUUACUGAAACAUUCUUUCUCAACCUAUUAGCUUUCGAGCGUUUACACGUCGGCGCAGGCAGAGAAGUGACUAACUAUCUUGCUUUCAUAAACAAUAUUAUCCGAGAUUCCAAGGACAUUAGUCUCCUUCGCUCUUGUGGGAUCAUCCAAAAUCCUCUUGCGUUUAGUCUAACCAGAGAUAUCACAAUUGAUCCUGAUAGCUCAGUUUACAUGGUCGAAAAGAAGGUUAUCAAAUACUGCAGUAGACCUUGGGUUCGUUGGAGAGCCAAUCUUGACUUACUUUAA